AUGGACGCGGCGAAUCUGAAGCUCGCGGAGGGGCUGGUGUCGCCGUCGUACGUGCGACAGGGCGCGCAGUCGCUCGCGCAGCGGCACAACAUGGUGAAGAGCCUGUUAUCGCAGAGGAAGCUCCCAAGGGACGGCUGGGAUGACGACACGAUCGAGAUGCUGCUCAAGGACCUGUCACUGAUGGACAGCAGCGGGUUCAAGGGAAAUGUGGGCAUGGGGGAGAGGGAGGCGCGGUGUGCAAGUGGGCUGGUGAGGCGGCGACACUAUGGCAUGACACAUGGCAUGGGGCGGUCGGGGAACAUUGCAGACGAGCAGCCUAAGGCAGCGGGGUCAACACUGGCAUGCCGCCUCACAAACCUACUCGUGAAGGACGCCCUCUCCCUCGCAGGCCUCAAAGACAUAUCGGCAGUGACGGUGCUGCCGGUGGCAACAGGCAUGGCCCUCACUCUCUCUCUCCUCGCUCUCAAAGCCAGCAGACCUGCCGCACAGUACGUGCUAUGGUCUCGCAUCGACCAGAAGACAUGCCUCAAGUGCAUCGUCACUGCUGGCCUCACUCCCGUGGUGGUUCCCCUGCGUCAGGACGGAGACCAGCUGUGCACGGACCUUGCGGCCAUGGAAAGGGAAAUAAAUUCUCGAGGGGCCGACAGCAUCCUCUGCGUGCUCUCAACCACCUCCUGCUUCGCUCCCAGAGCUCCUGAUCAUGUGGAAUCUAUUGCUCGCCUCUGUGCUCGUCUCUCCAUCCCCCACGUCAUCAACAACGCAUACGGCGUGCAGAGCGCUGCCAUUAGUGCUGCCAUCACACGCGCAUGGAGGAGGGGGCGGGUGGACGCAGUGGUGCAGAGCACCGAUAAGAACUUUCUUGUUCCGGUCGGUGGGGCUGUUGUUGCCGCUGGUCCUGGGCGGUCAACACUGGUCAAUGCAGUCAACGCCUCGUACCCCGGUGGGUGGGUGGAAUUAGAUGGACGAGGGGCCAUGGAGGAGGGGGCUGGAGGUGUGGAAAAGGGAGAGGGGGGGUGGGGGGAGGAAAGGGCCGUGGCAGAGCGGGCAUGGAGGAAGGGGCGUGGAGGAAGGGGCGUGGAGGAAGGGGCCGUGCCUCCAUAUCGCCCAUCCUAG